AUGCCCCCCAGAGAUUGUGAUAAAUAUGAGAACUUCCUGCUGCUCAUUGGAGACUUUGGGCCCUUUCAAAAGCGACUGCUACUUUGGAUGAUGCCCGCCGCCUUUCUGUUCGCCUUCACCUACUUUGGCCAGAUAUUCAUGAUACUGCUGCCAAAGAAUCACUGGUGCAGAGUAAGCGAACUGGAGGGAUUGCCAGAGAAUGAGCAAAAGAAUCGGGGCAUUCCCAAAAAGUCUGAUGGCAGUUACGAGAAUUGUUUCAUGUACAAUAUGCCCUACAACCCAAAUAAGACCAACGACGCGAACGAGACAAGGAGCAAGGUACCCUGCAACAAUGGUUGGAUCUACGAUCGCAAGGAGGUGCCCUACGAGUCCAUUGCCACCGAGUACGAUUGGGUGUGCGACAAAGAAGAUUUCGGUACAUAUAGUGUCGUUGUCUACUUUGUGGGCUGCAUUGUGGGUUGCCUCUGCUUUGGCUACAUCACCGAUCACUCCGGUCGCCUGGCGGCCCUAUUCCUGGCCAACUCCUGCUCCAUGAUCGGCGGCUGCGUCAGUGCGGUCUGCAAGGACUUCCCCUGCUUUGCUGCCAGUCGAUUUGUGGCUGGACUGGCAAUGAACUACUGCUUCGUUCCCAUCUACAUUCUUACUUUGGAGAACGUUGGCAUGAAGUAUCGCACACUGGUGGGGAACUUGGCCCUCACAUUCUCCUUUACCUUGGGUGCCUGCCUGCUUCCCUGGCUGGCCUACGCCUUCAGCAAUUGGAGGCAUUACGCCAUGGUAGUUGCCCUGCCAGUGGCAUUAAUGAUAAUCACCAGUUUGCUGGCUCCAGAGUCACCAAGUUGGCUCUUGUCGAUGGGUAAGGUGGACAGGGGAAUGGAAGUGCUGAGAGAUGCGGCCAAGGCCAAUGGAAAAACCAUUUCCGAAGAGACUUGGUCGGAGAUGAAGGAAUGCUUUGAACUCAAAUUUGCCAACGAGCAAUCGGGAAAGCAGUACACCAGUCUGGAUCUGUUUAAGACAUUUCGCAGGUGCGUCGUCCUUACUAUUUUGAUCGUUACUUGGAUGACUGUGGCCAUGGCGUACGAUGCCCAUGUGCGGGUCGUUCAAAUUCUGGACACCGAUGUGUUUAUAACCUUUUCCCUUUCCUCGCUCGUUGAAAUACCUGCUGGAAUUGUGCCAAUGUUCUUGCUAGAUCGAAUUGGUCGCAAGCCCAUGAUGUCGGCCGUUAUGCUGUUGUGUGCCGCAUGCAGUCUUUUCGUGGGCUUGUUGAAAGGGGAAUGGUAUGUAUCAGCGGCAGCCAUUGCAGCCAGAUUUUUCGUCACAAUGGGCUACAAUGUGGGCCAACAGUGGGCCUCUGAGAUACUGCCAACUGUGCUGCGUGGCCAGGGACUGGCGGUCAUUAACAUUAUGGGCCAGAUGGGUGCCCUAAUCUCACCAGUUGUCCUCAGCACCCACCGCUUUUAUCGCCCCUUACCCAUGCUUAUCAUCACUUUGGUGUCGGUAGUAGGCGCUUCAAUAAUCUUGGUGCUGCCAGAGACCAAGGGAGCUACGAUGCCACAGACAUUGGACGAGGCGGAAAAGCGCUGGACCUUACGUUGUAAAGAUCGUAAAAUAAAUGCGGAUUCAUAA